AUUUGCUCUCUUUCUUCAGGCGGUAGAGAGUAUGUCUAUUGAAGAAGAUACACAGCCUUCGACAAUUCCUCCUUCUCAUGAUGCUGAACAAAUCAAUGAUAAUCUGGUCAAUGAUGUUGCUAACUAUGAUCGAGAAACAGAAUACAAGCAUGGUAUUGCUGGUGAAGAAGCCAAGAGUAUAGUGGAAGUUAUUGCUUCAACAGGGAAAUUUUGGCAUGAUUGGAACAAAUUGAAAAGCUUGUUAUCCUUCUACUUGAAGCAGGUUGUCUCUGAGUAUGCCGAAGCCAAUAUGACAACGGAUGAACAAAAAUCUUCACUAGGAGAGACUUAUGAGGAGCUUGUGAAAAAGUUGGAUAACGCUUUGAGUAACUUUAUAGAAGGUCCUCCCUUUACUUUGCAGAGGGUGUGUGAGAUCCUUCUGGAUUCCAAGAACAUUUAUUCAAGCCUUUCAAAGCUUGCUCUAGCAUUGGAAAAGAAUUUAUCAGUUACAUCUACACUAACAAUAUGUUCGGAUCCAUACCCUUCGAGAAUGAUAGAACAAGUUGAAAAAGUAGACAACGAUAGUCCUCCUUUGCAAGUUGAUUCUGUAGAAAACGGGGUUGAACAUGCAAAAGAUGAUGACAACGAUGAAGUGAUGACAGAUGCUACAAUGACAGCUGAUGAAGGUGAAGAUGAGAUGACAAUCGACAUGGUUGAGGUUUUCGAAGAAAUAGUUGUGUCAUCUGAAGAAUCUAAUGAUCCAGUUUCAGGCUCUCCUCCUACUAACUAAAAACUGAUCAGAUUGUUUUCAGUUGUGAAAUUAUAUAAUGUUUUUCAUUUCCUCCUAUUGUUGUAGAAAGAAAAUGAACAUCUUUUAGUAGUUUGUUUUUUCGAGAUUGAGAUAUUAUUAUUGAUACUUGGCCUUCACGCCCGUCUAUGAAAUUAUGAAUCGAUUUUGAAUCUACAAAGAUAUCAAAUGAUUUAGAUUGU